AUGACCCCACCUAGGCUGCAUACGCUACCCAACCGUACGUCCCGCUCUAAUGGGUUCCAGGCCUCCAAGAUCAACAAGGUGAGCAUCCACGAAGUUGUCCUCAUUGGUGGUUCCACUCAUAUGCCCCGUAUCCCCAAGCUCAUUUCUAACUUCGCUAACGGCAAGGAGCCCAACAAGAGCACCACCCUCGAGGAGGCUGCUGCUCAUGGUGCUGCGAUCCUUUGCGGCAAGUGCAACACCACCGUUCCCACCAAGAAAUCGGAGACUUUCUCGACGCACCUGGACAACCAGCCUGGUACCUUGAUCCAGGUGUACGAGGAUGAGCGCGGAUGCACGAAAGACAACAACCUGCUUGGCAAUUUCGAGCUGUCUAGUAUUCCUCCCGCACCUCGUGGUGUUCCUCAGAUCAAGGUUACCUUCGUCAUCAGCGCCAACGGUAUCCUGAACAUCUCCGCAUCAUCCAAGACCUUCAGGAAGUCAAACCGCAUCACGAUCAUUAAUGACAAGGGCCGCUUGUCAACAGAGAUGAUCGAGCGCAUGCUUAACGAGGCUGAGAAGUACAAGGCGCAGGGUGAAGCUGCUGCUGCUCGCAUUCAGGCCAAGAACGGCCAAGAACCACGCGCUUACGACCUCCAUAACCUUAUCACCGAAGCAGCUUGCCAACAAGUCGAAGCUCGAGAACUCUGCCAAUGA